AGGACGCCAUGUUAAUGUUUGACAAAACCACCAACCGACAUAGAGGUUUUGGCUUUGUAACGUUUGAAGUUGAGGACGUGGUGGAGAAAGUCUGCGAGAUCCAUUUUCAUGAAAUCAAUAAUAAAAUGGUAGAAUGCAAAAAAGCUCAGCCCAGGGAAGUGAUGUUUCCUCCAGGGACGCGAGGUCGGGCGCGGGGCCUGCCGUACACGAUGGACGCCUUCAUGCUGGGCAUGGGCAUGCUGAGUUAUCCUAACAUCGUGGCUACGUAUGGCAGAGGCUACACCGGCUUCGCCCCGAGUUACAGCUACCAGUUCCCUGGCUUCCAAGCUACGGCGUACGGACCCGUGACGGCGGCGGCGGUCGCAGCAGCUCGAGGCUCAGGUAGGGGGAUCCGUGGAAGAGGCAGCGGCUACAUGGGAUACGGGCAGAACGCAGGGGCAGGGUUCCCUGAUUAUGGGUUGUAUUCCGCGGCCGGGGCCAGCGGUGACAUGCGGGGAGGAGCACCUUACUCCCUGGCUGACUAUGGGUCCCUGGGGGCCCAGGCGGCUGCACAAAUCCUGCCCAGUGAGCAUGCCAGCUCGGCCUGCAACUCUCCCACCUCCCUCCAGCACCACCUGCACAGCCCGGACCCUUUUAAGAGCCCAGGAACCAACCCAGCUCGGCCCGGAGCUUUUCCCGGGGCCAACAGUCCCGGUCCCGUAGCGGACCUCUAUGGAACCGCCAGUCAGGACUCUGGUGUGGGCAACUACAUCAGCGCCACCAGCCCCCAGCCAGGCUCUGGCUUCAGCCACAGCAUCGCUGGUCCGUUGAUCGCGACAGCUUUUACAAACGGAUACCACUGAAAGCUAACAGGUGACUGGUUGCCGUCUCGUUGGAGGUGAUGUCAUCCAGCAGUAACCACUACAGCAUCCACGCAGUGAGUCCAGGCGGAGGAGGCACCAGAUGAAGAACAGCCAAAAACAACAGUCAGAAACCACAACAGAAACAAGACGAGUCUGCUCUGCUACAAACAUGCUACUGAGACCUCUGACUGUCCCUCUGACUGUAGCUCUGACUGUACAUCUGACUGUACUGUAGUCCCUCUGACUGUACUGUAGUCCCUCUGACUGUCCCUCUGACUGUCCCUCUGACUGUACCUCUGACUGUAGUUCUGACUGUAGCUCUGACUGUACUGUAGUCCCUCUGACUGUAGCUCUGACUGUACUGUAGUCCCUCUGACUGUACUGUAGUCCCUCUGACUGUACCUCUGACUGUACUGUAAUCCCUCUGACUGUACUGUAGUCCCUCUGACUGUACUGUAGUCCCUCUGACUGUACUGUAGUCCCUCUGACUGUAGCUCUGACUGUACCUCUGACUGUACCUCUGACUGUAGCUCUGACUGUACCUCUGACUGUAGCUCUGACUGUACUGUAAUCCCUCUGACUGUACUGUAAUCCCUCUGACUGUACUGUAGUCCCUCUGACUGUACUGUAGUCCCUCUGACUGUAGCUCUGACUGUACCUCUGACUGUACCUCUGACUGUACCUCUGACUGUAGCUCUGACUGUACUGUAGUCCCUCUGACUGUACUGUAGUCCCUCUGACUGUACUGUAAUCCCUCUGACUGUACUGUAAUCCCUCUGACUGUACUGUAGUCCCUCUGACUGUACUGUAGUCCCUCUGACUGUAGCUCUGACUGUACUGUAGUCCCUCUGACUGUCCCUCUGACUGUCCCUCUGACUGUACUGUAGUCCCUCUGACUGUCCCUCUGACUGUAGCUCUGACUGUAGUCCCUCUGACUGUAGUCCCUCUGACUGUCCCUCUGACUGUCCCUCUGACUGUCCCUCUGACUGUACUUCUGACUGUCCCUCUGACUGUCCCUCUGACUGUCCCUCUGACUGUCCCUCUGACUGUAGCUCUGACUGUCCCUCUGACUGUCCCUCUGACUGUCCCUCUGACUGUAGUCCCUCUGACUGUCCCUCUGACUGUACUUCUGACUGUCCCUCUGACUGUACUCUCAUCCGGUGUCAUUGUGUAGACAUUUGCUGGUUUAGGUUUUACGUUUGAAGAUUUUUUUUCUUGAUUUAAAUCACUUUUCUUGAACUUUGACCUUUUUGUCUUGGAUUUUAAACGAGUCAUGAAAUUCUUUUUGAGUUUUUAGUUCUGAUUAUUUUCUGUGUACGUUAGUUUCUUUUGAUGCUGAUCCUUUGAACCCGUCACUCCACCUCUUUGUGUGUGUGUCUGCGGAGACACUGUGGACACCUGUCUCGUUUUGUCUUUGUGUGAUGGAAGGGAUUUCACAAAGACAGCUGAUGAGAACCAGUGUGUCUCAGUGGAGACACUACUGAUUCAUCAGAUCAACACAAGACACACGACAACACUUCGUAGCUGUGGUUCUAGCAGUGCGCUCACUAAACGUACCUAUUUUUGGCAAUAAGAGGACAACAAUAUUUUCACAGUCCUGUUUUUUACAUGUUUUGUCGUCUGGAUCUUUUAAUAGUGUGUCAGAUUUUAAAAGUGUGUAACUGUAAAUCGUGUCGCAGUCAUUGCAUCUAGUGGUUAAGAGAGACACAGACGUAUGGUUGUGACAUGAUGGUCGAUCAUCACGUCCAUGACACCACGCCUGAGGAAAGAAACAAUCCCACCACACAUCUAUAUACGCUCUUUGCUAAUUUAAUACCAGCAUAUUUGCCUGCAUGAUAAGCUGCAGCUAGAAGAAGACGACUCACGGUUGUUGUCACGCCAACAUCUUUGCUCGGUGACACACAGCUGGCGGGGUCGUCUCUGUGUCACAGCGACUCAGUAGCAUUAACACAAAUCAGUCCAAAGCACACUUGAUAAUUCUGGGAAUACAAGACAAAUUGGUUGUGUCCUAAUAUUGUUUGAUAUGCUCGAAUUGUCUUUACACGUCUGGUGUCACACAAAAGGCAAUAUUUCUAAUAUUAUUUCUGGCAACUUGUGUUUCUCUCCGAGGAGGAGGCAGCGCAGCAGAUGAGUGUUGCUUAUUACCUCAGUCCUGUGUGUUUUUGUAGAGAUGGCGAUGAUGAUGAUGAAGAGAAAAAGAAUGGCUCACAAAGAGGAGUUGUUGCACUGUGAUGGGAGGCGAGGCUGAGGCAGGUUUCAUUUGCACGGUUGGACUCAGUGAUGAAGCUCCAACAUGUCUGGACUUUAGUUUUACUGUUUUUAAAUGUUGUCAGUUGCCAAACAGCCUGGAGAAGACGGUCACUACGUACAAACAGAGUUUAUACAAACAUCACAAAGACCAGAAAGGAAAAUAGGAAUGUUCUAUGAUUUCAUGUAAAUAGGAAUUUGCUAUAACUAAAGAAACAACCUUUCUUUUGAAGUUUGGUUUAUGAACUGAUAAAUGUAAAUGCUGUUUUCUUCCCCUCAGACAUUUUAAAGAUUACUUUUACAAACCACGGGAAGCUGAAUGCUGGACUGUUUCUAAAACGGGGAUGACUCCAAGUAAUAAUCAAAUACUCCAAAAAAGAAAAAAAGAAAAAAAAAGUGUAUGUUGUUAUUAAGAAGAGAAACAUGUAUGUUCCCUUGUAUGAUUUACAUUUCUAUGAAGGAUUUGUAUCAAUAUUUUUGUGGUUGUUAAUGAUUAUAUGAAUAAUAUCUAUAAAACUAACAAUAAUAAUAUUAUGUACUAUACAUCCAGUUCUCUCUCCACCCCCCGUCAUCCUCUACAAUAAUCAAUAAUCUUCAGUUGAUCAUUAAUGUAUCUCAGUAAUAUAAACAAAAGAAAAUCCACUGAGCUUCUGUAGGAGUGCUGUCUUUGAUACCAGUGUAGUGGUCUAUACACAGACUUGUUAACCACUCCCCCGUCUCUCCUCCCACCCCGACCCCCCCCCCCCCCCAGUAACUAGUUCUAGAUGUUCUGUAGUUCCAGUAGACACUAUUAGAUGAUGUAGGACCAGUGAGGAUAGAACUUUCUGAUUUUCUGACAUGUUUUAUUUUUCUGUUGUGUGCUGCUGUCACAUGGUUUCACCGAACCAAAGCUCUCUCUGAAAACAUUUGAAGGAAGACGAGUUGUACAGUCGUUCUUGUAAAACAAGGCAUUAAUUGGAUUACCACCCUUGAAUGUUAUUAAAAAAAAGGGGGUGUGCCAUACUACCUUAAAUGCUAAUGCUAGAUAUGCAAAACAUUUUGAUUUGUUAUAAUUUGACGAGAGAUAAAGAGCAGGAGGGAUUUUAUUACUCUGAUCAAACAGAUAACAUAUUUUUAUAUAGUUAUAACAGAUUAAUGAUAAUAACAAUAAUGACUAUUAUAAAUAUCAUUAAUCUGAACUCUAUGUUUUAAUAUUUGUACUCUUGAAAUAUCCCAGUGACCCAUGGUACUUCUAUUUUUGAAUACUGUUUUUUUACUUGUUAACUUCAGUACUGGUAGAUUUUAGUUUGAACUCAUCAUCACCUCCAUGAAGGAAACAGCUCAUACUUUAAUCACAGAGCCGUGUCGUCCAGUUUCACACACAGCCUUAGAAACCUGCAAUAACCGUCUUUGUUGUUCAGAAUCAACCUGUUAAUACAUCAACUCAUGGCUCUGCACUUUCACCACAAGGUGUAAGAACAGCAGUGGACUCAUCCCAGCGCAGCCUGAAAAAUCGCUUCAUGUGCUACGACUGUGCACGAGCAACAUACUGUAUACAGCCCUAAAUCACAAGUUACACAUUUGUUCCUGAACGCAGCACAGUGCUACAGUUGUCAGCUUAAUGUCCCACAGUUUAUGCAAAAACCACCAGCCUUUUCCCGCUUCUUUAUUCCCAUAACCUGUGGACGUGGCAGCUGGAGCGUGGAAGAAACGGCAGUCGUGGUUAAAUAACAAAACGUCAUCCAGACGUAAUGACGUCGUUUUUAACUGCCCUCUGCUUCCUGAUCUCUCAUCAUCGUUUGUCUGUGCCUUACAACACGACUGCAAAGCACUGUGGGAAAAUAAACCAGUGUUAUGAUCCGACCGCUGUGGUUCAGGUUUAAUUUAGGUUUAGGUUAGCAUUAGCGUUAGCAUUAGCCUGACUCACCGGAUGUAGGUGACGUUCUCCUUCGUUCCCGUUUCCCCUGAGCUGCAGCCUACAUGAUAACAUGUACUAGCUACAUGCUAACAUUUGGAUCAUGUGAUCACACAGUCGACAUACGUUAGGUUUGUAAGAUACGUAAGUUUCCCUCUGACACUGUUCUGCAGAAGCACCGUGUGGGCUGCGAGGGUUUUGCAAGUGGGCCGAUAAAUCAUUUGUAAACCAACAGUUUUGGUGAAUAAAUGUAAUUAUGAAAAACUAUGUGUUUUUAAACGUCUUAAAACUAAAUGAUUUUUAACAGCUUUAAAUUGUUUAGAAACUCUCAGUAGGAACUUUAAAGUCGUAGCCGGCUGGACCACAUCGUACGCUUCAGUGGGUCCCAACCUUUUCCGACUCAUGGCCACUUAAAAAUCUCAAAAAUGUUGGUGGCCCACAUCCGACCAUGUGACUCAGGUGGCAACAACGAAAAAAAAUUGAAAGCUGUUAAAGAUCAUUUAGUUUUAGGACAUUUAAAACACUAUUAUGUAAAUGAUUUGUCGGUCAGGAACCACUGGUUUACUGGUAUCGUUAAGGUCCGAUGUGGGCCACCAAUAUUUUUUCAGGUUUGCUUUGAGCCGUUGAAGAAAUGCAAACGAGAUGAUGGUGCAGCACCAACUCUAGUGUCUGGAUAUGUGGGACAAGCGUUAGGGAAACAUUGUAGUUUUGGGUUAAAAUUACUACUUCAUUAAAGCUAGAGGACCUUUGUCGUCAUGGAUACGAUAACAACCGCUUGCUUAUGGGUAGGGAACAGUUGUGAUCAUGGUUAAAAGAAGCCAGCGUACAUUAACUGAGGUUGGUUGGAUUAAAGCUGCAGGUUCUGUGGAGCAAUACAUCGGGACAACAGAACUCAGUGGAUCUGCAGAUGUUUCUUGUGUCACGGUUGUAGCUGUAAAAACCAGGCGCUCAGAGUGAAGCCAGAGGCAGUGCUGCGUUCACGUACGCUGCCACUGACUGGAUUUCAUAUGAACAGAACUUACUGGACACGUAUGUGGAAGUGUUAGAGCCUUAUAAAGGAAACACACACACAAGCACACUGGUCCCGGCUAAGUCCACUGAUGACAGGCAUUUCAGGAGAUACAAGGAUUUCACUGUCGUUCAGUGCUGUGCCUUUACUGACGCUGGUGAGGGAGUUUAUCGAGCGACUGUUUAAACAGCGUUAAAUCUUCCACUGAUGAUAACGAUGUGUAAAACAUGUGGCGCUGUGGUUUGAGUGACAGUGUGACUCUGUACCUGUGUGAUUAAAGUAUGAGCUGUCCGCCUGUUGAAGCAGCCGGUCCGGUUCCUCGUGUCCUCGUGCAGAACUCCUUCAUGGUUCUGAUUCGACCUCAUAGCUCGCACUUUAAGGUAGCAUGGCUCUGUCGUUGCUGUACUAUACUUUAACAUUGAUCGUUUACAGCUAAUGAAUGUUACACAUCUUGUUAGAUGAGUUCAUCAUUGUUGGCUAGAAAAAAAAAAAGACCUGGAGGGUUUUGGAACAUGUUUUGUGAGUGUACUACUGUAUCCACUUAAACUUGAAUCUUGAGGCAAGUGCCAGGUAAUGGCCGACUGCACAUCUUCACUCAGCUCACGCCUGGUGACGGCUCGGAUACUUCUGUGGUUUAAGUGUGUGUGUACAUAUGAAAUGAUGCUGACAACACUACAAUAAUAAUUUCAUUUGGAGCGUUUCAGUGGCACAGCUCGACACUGACUUGAAGGUUUCAUGUUCUCUCAGCAGUGCAGUCAUUAGUGUCUCCACAUGUAGCAGUAAACGCUCGUCCUUCCUCUGGAGGUCGCUGAUUGCCUUGUCCAUUCCUGCCACUUGCCAAUUUUUUAAUGUUAACAGACUUUUUAACUCGAGAGCUGAAGAACAGACUGACUGAAAGCAUCUUUCAGGUCUUCUUGUACGGCUUGCUCAAGCCCUGUUGUAAAAAAAAAAAAAAAAAAAAAAAAAAAAAAAGGAAAAAAGACAAAAAAAAGAACAAAAGAAAAAGAACAAAAAGUGAUCACAGAUGUGGAAAGUAUAAUUUUAUAUUUGUAUUUUCAAAUAAUGAUAAUAAAAGAUGUUUGUCAAAGUUUCCAUCCUCUACUCUGGUCCAGAAAUCAAUGUGUUUGUCUAAAAAAAUGAAAUAAAACUGUUUUCAACGA